GGGGAUAAAAAGGAGUGCCCUUCAGUUUAAGAACUCGUUCAAUGCUUGACGCCGCGGCAAAUGUUUUCUUUAGACAUUGUUAUACUUAUCUUGUAGUUUGUCUAAUUGCUUUUAUUUGGCUUUGUAAACAAUAAUCGAGACGAUGUGGGUGGUGCCCCGAUUGUCAAGACCCGAUUUGUAAAAGUGAGAUUAGGAGGAACCCUUUUAUUUAUAGAUGAGUGUCUUAAAGACAACAGCCAAUGUCCAUGUUGAGGUACCAGCCAAAGAGAUAAAGAAAAUAGGACAUUACCAUGAAGAUAUCCAUCCAGCUCUGCUAGAACACUCAAGACACUUCGACCUAGAGGUGCCAAUAUCAUACAAUCCCAUACUUGAGAGAGUAAUGUCUUUGAAACAGAAACCGCAGAGGAUGGAAAAGGGAGAACGCAUGAAGCCCCCUCAUUCUUACAUCGCGCUUAUUGCUACAGCCAUUUUGAAUUCACCAGAGAAGAGGCUCACUUUGACCGAGAUCAAUGAUUACUUAGUAAAGCACUAUGUAUUCUUUAGAGGGUCGUACCAAGGAUGGAAGAACUCUGUACGACAUAAUUUAUCCUUUAAUAAGUGUUUUGUCAAAAUCUUGCGCGACCCUGCAAGACCUUGGGGGAAGGACAACUACUGGACGGUGAGCUCGCUCAACGAUUAUCUGCUAUCUGACGGCAGUUUCAGGAGAAGAAGACGACGAAAACCUAAGAAGAGAGACAGUGAAAGCACUGCAAGAAGAGAAAGGCUACUGCAAGCGGACUUUCAGGAAGAAUUUAGGCACGAUUCACAACAUCACCGGAGCUCUGCACUGCUUCUACCACAACUUCCACUACACAGGGUCGAAUCUAUCUCAACGCAGCAAAACAAGACCACGAAAUUCCAUGGUUCAUUUUCCAUCGAGAACAUCCUUGCAGAUGACAAAGAUGUUGAGAGGAGAACGUCUCCACAAGAUUCAGAUCGUCUUCCCGUACCAACCCAAGCUAAUGCAACUUCCAGAUCUUCGAUUCCUUUCAUAAACUUAGGAGAAGGAACCCUAAAGGCGCCGACCACCAACUGCCAUCACUCUCCAGCUCGCCCUAUUCAUCCAUCGCACGAACACAUCAUGUUUCGGCCUCCACAUCACCAAGGGGUCUUACCACACAGCUGUGAACUAUGGAACGCCUAUCCACAUUGUAUUCCACAUUGUUAUUGUCGAUGCUAUUAGAAUUGAUUGAACUACACUAAGUGUAUGGUUAUGGGAUGUCAGGAACUAGGGUAAACUCGUCGUGAUGUGUGCUGCGUUUUGGGUCACACGUCCCACAGAAUUAUUCCCGAACAAAACUUUUAUAUGAAUUUUCAACAAUGGAAAAGUUUUAUCGAGCCACUGCCCGCUUGAAACUACUUGGGAAGAUCUACUGGUGAGCUUAAAGUAAAAGAAAUAGAUCAAAAACAAUGAAGUAGUGAGUCUGAAGGCUUUUUGGAAGGGUCUCCUUUUCGAGCAACGAACAAUCACGCGUUGAGAACAAUGGCCUCUCUAGUUGCCUUCUUGAAAUUAAGAGACCAUUUUUGUAAAGCUUUCUGGCUAGUUUUAUCGAUUAUUUGGACAUAAAGAACUUUAUUUUCUUAACAAAAUUCGAACAAAACUCACUGCAAAGAUAUUCUUGCAGUUGUUGGAGAAAAGUCAACAUAUGGUUCUGGAAAACUCCAUGUUAUCAAAAUCCUUCUUGGACAUUCAACUUAUGUUGUCUUUACCUACAUUUUUUUUAAAUAUUUUCUUCUUGUUUUAACAAACAACAUAUAAUUGUAAAUAAAAUAUAUUUUCAGUA